AUGGCGCUCCGGCUCAGCGUCCGGCGGCUGCUGCUGCUGCUGCUCGCCGGCCUGCUGCUCCACGAGGAGCGCAGCCGAGUGGCUGCGAAGUUCCAGGGUGACUGUGGUGGUUCUGGCUGUGGAAAAUGCGACUGUCAUGGAGUGAAAGGACAAAAGGGUGAAAGAGGCCUCCCGGGUUUACAAGGGGUCAUUGGGUUUCCCGGAAUGCAAGGGCCCGAAGGGCCACAUGGGCCACCAGGACUCAAGGGCGAUGCUGGAGAACCUGGAUUGCCAGGGACAAAAGGGACAAGAGGACCUCCGGGAACAUCCGGUUACCCAGGAAACCCGGGACUUCCUGGUAUUCCUGGCCAAGAUGGUCCACCAGGUCCUCAAGGUAUCCCGGGAUGCAACGGCACCAAGGGCGACAGAGGGCCUCUUGGGCCUCCGGGUUCCCCUGGAUACGUUGGAAAUCCCGGACCUCCAGGGCCGCAAGGAAUGAAGGGUGAGCCAGGCCAAAUACUUGGCCAUGUUCCUGGGACACUGUUGAAAGGUGAACGAGGGUAUCCGGGGCCUCCAGGAACACCAGGUUUACCUGGAAUCCCAGGAUUACAAGGUCCCGUCGGUCCUCCGGGAUAUUUGGGCCCACCAGGUCCCCCAGGCCCCCCUGGCCCUCCAGGUGAAAAGGGGCAAAUGGGCCUAGGUUUUCAAGGACCAAAAGGCGAAAAGGGGGAUCGGGGCGUCAGUGGACCUCCGGGAGAACCAGGACAAGCUCAAGUUCAACCGAAAGGAGACUUUGCUACAAAGGGAGAAAAGGGUCAAAAGGGUGAAAUUGGAUAUCCGGGGAUGCCUGGGGCUGGCGAGAAAGGGGAACCCGGGAAACCAGGCCCCCGUGGAAAACCUGGAAAGGAUGGUGAAAAAGGAGAAACAGGGAGUCCAGGUUUGCCCGGUGAAUCAGGCUUCCCAGGACUUUCUGGCCAACCGGGUUUAAAGGGAGACAAAGGUGAAGCCGGCCCCCCAGGCCCGCCUGGCAUCGUCAUCGGCACAGGACCACUUGGAGAAAAGGGAGAAAGAGGUUCCCCAGGAAUCCCAGGGAACAGAGGGCUGCCAGGUCCCAAAGGUUUCCCAGGAACACAAGGUCCACCAGGCCCUCCAGGCUUCCCUGCGCCAGGACGGCCCGGUGCUCCUGGCAUCCCUGGCAAUAGAGGAGAAAAGGGUGACCAAGGAUUUCCAGGUUUGUCUUUACCUGGACCAAGUGGAAGAGAUGGAAUCCAAGGUCCUCCUGGACCCCCUGGGCCCCCUGGACAGCCAGGCCAUACAAAUGGAAUUGUGGAAUGCCAGCAGGGACCACCAGGUGAUCGGGGUCCUCCUGGAAGUCCAGGGAACCAAGGCUUUACUGGGGAAAUUGGAGAGAAAGGUCAGAAAGGAGCGAGCUGUGUGGAGUGUGUUGGCGGAGGAAUCCAGGGGCCUCCAGGGCCACAGGGGCCCGCAGGAGAAAUAGGUUUCCCAGGACAGCCCGGGCCCAAGGGGGACAGAGGCACACCUGGAAGGGACGGGCUGGAGGGGAUGCCGGGGCCACAAGGCUCACCGGGGCUCAUAGGCUAUCCAGGAGCUAAGGGAGAACCAGGGGAGUUGUUGUUUGACAUGAGACUCAAAGGUGAAAAAGGAAACCCAGGAUUUCCAGGGCAGCCCGGGAUGCCUGGAAGAGCAGGGUCCCCUGGAAAAGAUGGCUAUCCGGGUCUUCCUGGCCCCAAAGGCUCACCGGGUUCAAUAGGCUCCAAAGGAGAACGCGGCCCUCCCGGAGGAGUUGGCUUCCCUGGAAGUCGCGGGGAUAUCGGCCCUCCUGGUCCACCAGGGUUUGGUCCUAAGGGCCCAAUUGGAGACAAAGGAGAAGCAGGCUUUCCUGGAAACCCUGGAUCCCCAGGCCUCCCAGGCCCAAAGGGUGAAGCAGGCAAGACCGUACCUUUACCUGGACCUCCUGGAGCUGAAGGGUUCCCAGGGUCCCCGGGUUUACAAGGACCCCAAGGUGACAGAGGAUUUCCUGGAACCCCAGGGAGGCCAGGACUCCCAGGAGAGAAGGGUACUGUUGGCCAGCCAGGCAUCGGAUUUCCAGGACCUCCGGGCCCCAAAGGUGUUGAUGGCCUGCCAGGAGAUGUGGGUGCUCCAGGGACUCCAGGUCGCCCAGGAUUGGAUGGCUUACCUGGUGGCCCAGGUGUGCCGGGGCAAAAGGGAGAGCCUGGAGUUGGUCUACCAGGACUGAAAGGAUUGCCAGGUCUGCCUGGCAUUCCCGGCACACCCGGAGAAAAGGGGAAUGUUGGUCAACCAGGCAUUCCUGGAGAACAUGGUGCCAUUGGCCCUCCCGGGCUCCAGGGAAUCAGAGGUGAACCUGGAGCUCCAGGAUUACAAGGCCCCAAGGGAUCUGUGGGUGCUCCAGGAGCAGGGCCCCCUGGUGCCAUGGGCCCCCCAGGAGGACAGGGGCCACCAGGAUCAAUAGGCCCUCCCGGAAUCAAAGGAGAGAAGGGUUUCCCUGGAUUCCCAGGAUUGGACAUGCCGGGCCCAAAAGGAGAUAAAGGGUCGCAAGGACUUCCCGGAUUAACUGGACAGUCGGGGCUCCCUGGCCUGCCUGGACAACAAGGAACUCCUGGUCUUCCAGGGUUUCCAGGUUCCAAAGGAGAAAUGGGCGUCAUGGGGACCCCUGGGCAGCCCGGCUCUCCCGGACCAGCGGGCACUCCAGGGUUACCCGGUGAAAAAGGGGACCUUGGCUUCCCAGGCUCCUCAGGACCCAGAGGAGACCCUGGCUUCAAAGGUGCUAAAGGAGAUAUCGGUCUUCCUGGAAAACCUGGGUCAAUGGAUAAAGUGGACAUGGGCAGCAUGAAGGGGCAGAAGGGCGACCAAGGGGAAAAAGGACAAGUGGGGCCAAUUGGUGAUCGAGGAUCCAGAGGAGAUCCUGGAACUCCAGGAAUGCCUGGAAAGGAUGGACAAGCUGGGUAUCCCGGGCAACCAGGGCCUAAAGGCGAUCCUGGUUUAAGUGGGACCCCAGGUGCUCCAGGACUUCCUGGACCGAAAGGAUCAGUCGGUGGAAUGGGCUUGCCAGGAUCACCUGGAGAGAAAGGUGUGCCUGGAAUUCCAGGCCAACAGGGUGCCCCUGGCUUGGCUGGAGAAAAAGGCGCCAAAGGAGAGAAAGGGCUGGCUGGUCAACCUGGCAUUGGUAUUCCUGGUCUACCUGGAGUCAAGGGAGACCCAGGUUUGACAGGUUUCCCAGGAAGCCCUGGGGAGAAGGGAGAGAAAGGCAGCACCGGCAUUCCAGGCAUGCCAGGGACCCCCGGCCCGAAAGGAUUGCCUGGGAGCGUAGGCUACCCAGGAAGCCCGGGAUUGCCUGGAGAAAAAGGUGACAAAGGAUUCCCAGGCCUGGAUGGUAUCCCCGGAGUCAAAGGAGAAGCAGGUCUUCCUGGGAAGCCUGGCGCGACAGGCCCAGCUGGCCAGAAGGGGGAGCCCGGGAGUGAUGGAAUCCCUGGAUCAGCGGGAGAGAAGGGAGAACCAGGUCUACCAGGAAGAGGAUUCCCAGGGUUUCCUGGAGACAAAGGAGAAAAAGGGUCAAAGGGUGACGUGGGUUUCCCAGGAUUGGCUGGAACUCCUGGAAUUCCUGGGCCCAAAGGAGAACAAGGAUACAUGGGUCCUCCCGGGCCACAAGGACAGCCAGGAAUCCCCGGUGCUCCAGGACAACCCGUGGAGGGACCCAAAGGAGACCGUGGACCUCAGGGCCAGCCUGGCCUGCCAGGGCAUCCGGGACCCAUGGGGCCCCCAGGGCUCCCAGGGCUUGAUGGACUAAAAGGUGACAAAGGAAGUCCAGGCUGGCCAGGAGCUCCUGGUGUGCCAGGACCCAAGGGAGACCCAGGAUUCCAAGGCAUGCCUGGUAUUGGUGGGUCUCCAGGAGUCACAGGUGCUAAGGGUGAUGUGGGACUUCCAGGUGUCCCAGGAUUCCAGGGUCAGAAAGGUCUCCCAGGAAUCCAGGGAAUUAAAGGGGAUCAAGGAGAUCAAGGAUUUCCUGGAGCUAAAGGUCUGCCAGGUCCCCCUGGCCCCCCGGGUCCUUACCAGGUCAUCAAAGGUGAACCAGGGCUUCCUGGUCCUCAGGGUCCAGCAGGUCUGAAGGGACUUCAGGGACCUCCAGGCCCUAAAGGGCAGCAAGGUGUGACCGGAUUGGAGGGUUUGCCUGGACCUCCGGGGGCUCCAGGCUUUGAUGGCUCCCCUGGCCAUAAAGGAGAGAUGGGACCUUUUGGGCCUCCAGGUCCAAGAGGGUUUCCUGGUCCACCAGGCCCUGAUGGGGCACCAGGAUCCAUGGGUCUCCCAGGGACCCCCUCUGUUGACCAUGGGUUCCUGGUGACCAGGCACAGUCAAACAAUAGAUGAGCCGGCAUGUCCUCCUGGAACCAAGAUUCUUUACAGUGGGUACUCUUUGCUCUACGUGCAAGGCAAUGAGCGAGCCCAUGGCCAGGACUUGGGUACGGCUGGCAGCUGUCUGCGCAAGUUCAGCACCAUGCCCUUCCUGUUCUGCAACAUCAACAACGUGUGCAACUUUGCAUCCCGGAAUGACUAUUCCUACUGGCUGUCAACUCCAGAGCCCAUGCCCAUGUCCAUGGCACCCAUCGCUGGGGACAAUAUUAGGCCGUUCAUUAGCAGGUGUGCUGUGUGUGAGGCCCCCGCCAUGGUGAUGGCAGUGCACAGUCAGACCAUCCAGAUCCCACAGUGUCCCAGUGGCUGGUCUUCCCUUUGGAUUGGCUACUCCUUUGUCAUGCACACCAGCGCUGGUGCCGAAGGUUCUGGCCAAGCCCUCGCCUCACCCGGCUCCUGUCUGGAAGAAUUUAGAAGUGCACCAUUCAUUGAGUGCCACGGCCGCGGAACUUGUAACUACUACGCAAAUGCUUACAGCUUUUGGCUUGCCACGAUAGAGAGAAACGAGAUGUUCAAGAAGCCGACCCCGUCGACCUUGAAGGCAGGAGAGCUGCGUACCCAUGUGAGCCGCUGCCAAGUUUGCAUGAGAAGAACAUAACGAAGCCCGACCCUCAGCUAAAGUCACAAUAUGGUGCUAUUCCUCUCUCUCUCUCUCUCUCUUUAACAACAAUGGACCCUAGAACUAUAUCCUGUGUACCUCACUGUCCAAUAGGAAAACAGUAAAGUGCCUUCUAGGAAUCUGCGUAACUAACACACCCUGCUUUUUUGGCCCUUUACUUGCUGAAGGAGAAAAGAACAAGGACAAAGAUAAGCUUUAAGUAUUGACAUACCAAAUGGCACUUUUGUUGAAAUAAAACUUAAAAGAAUG